AUGUCUACUGCUACAGUCAUCACAGUUCGACCAACAGAGCCAAAGGAUGCCCCAGGUCUACCAGCCGUGGAGCGCUCAGCAGCGCAAGCAUUCAGACAAUUCCCAGAUCUUGCAUGGAUUGCCAACGGAGAUGUUCAAUCUACAGAAAAGCAUCUCGAACUAAUCGAGGCUGGUGCUUCAUGGGUAGCUGUCGAUUCUAAUGACGUACCAGUGGGAUUUCUGAAUGGCAUUUACACCGACCAAGACCUCUAUAUCUGUGAGGUUUCCGUUCAUUCGGAUUAUCAGGGCAAGGGAAUUGGUCGGCGGCUGAUGGAAGCGGCGAGACAAUGGGCAGUCUCUUGUGGCUGUACAUCCAUUACUCUUACCACGUUUCAAAAGAUCCCAUGGAAUGAAGGUUUCUACAAGUCUCUUGGAUUCAACACGUUAAAUGCAAAUGAGUUGACGCCGGCGUUGUAUGAUAUCAUGAAUCAAGAGAUUGAAGCCGGCCUGCCGAUUAAGCAGAGGUGUGCGAUGCGUUUACUAUUAGUGUGA